CCAUGGAGUACCCCUCUGAUUGCAGUUUUCAUCUUCCAGCCCUUAAUGUGCUAGAUUCUGCCGACAUAGAGGUUACAGACAAUCGCCUUCCUAAUGCCACUUUCGUGGAUCACCGGCCCCAGCAUCAGCAGUCCGAGACCUUGGGUACAGGUACCGCAGUGCCCCAAGUGACCCAGAGUAAGGCACAUUCUGCUUCGAAGCCGCUCCAGGCCUCUGGACGGUUCUGUGUGGAACUGGUUCGUGGUUCCGCGGGCUUUGGCCUCACAUUAAGCGGAGGCCGAGAUUCAGCCCGGGAUACUCCUCUAGCCGUGCGUGGGCUGCUAAAGGAUGGGCCAGCACAGCGCUGUGGUCGCUUGCAGGCGGGGGACCUCGUUCUCCACAUCAACGGAGAGUCAACUAAGGGCCUCACCCACGCCCAGGUGGUGGAGCGGAUUCGGGCAAGCGGAUCCCGUCUCUGCCUUGUACUAAGCAGGCCCCUUGAAACCCACUCCGGCAAGCCUGAGGGGGCAGGAGGGCCCCAUAAAGGAAAUGAUCGCAGGCCAGAUACUGGGGGACCAGAGGUGAUGAGGUCUCGCAGCGUCAGCUCUUCCCCAGGUCAGCACCCUCGAUCCCGUACUACGGCUCAAACCUGGGGCAGCCCAGAGCCUAGCCCAGAGGGGCAAGCCGACUGCCCCGCGGUUCCUCCUCCAGAGCGCCACACAGAGGACCCUGAUGACCGAAUCCCGGGUUCCCCGGGACCCUGGCUGGUGCCGAGCGAGGAACGGCUCUCACGGGCCCUAGGGGUCCCGGGGGCUGCGCAGCUUGCUCACGAGAAGGCAGCUGGAAGGCGGAGGCACUGAGCGUGUAUUGGAGGGCUGUGAUCCCGUGGUACAGCCCAACCUGGAUCUGGCGUGCUCCACCAGCCUCACACUAGCAUCGCUAGCAACGCGAGGAGAGCUUCCUCUAUGUGUGUCCCACCCCGCCUCCUGCUGCGCAGCGGACUAGCCCAUGCUCCCCUCGCGGUGUCAGUGGUAUAGCCCCAUGGCCGGGCCAGCCCUGCGCUUCUGGUUUUGAGCGGGGGUGGUAAUAAAAUGUUUCGACCCAG